AAAUAUGUCAAUCUUCUGUUCUUUAUAGCUCAUUUCUUCCGCGGGGCAUUUCGAUAAACAACAGCAUAUUGCUAUCUGUUGUACAAAAACAACAGGAACCUAUUCACAGCUGAAAAAUCAUAAGCCCAACAUAUAUAUUACACCCGAACACAAACACAGGUGAUUCCUGAAAAGAAUAACGGGAUAGCUUCAUAUAUAUACUGAAGCACGAACAUUGUCACAAUACGUUCAAAGCUCUGUUCAUCGAUAUCAGUUACAAGCAGAAACAAGAUGUUAGGUUCUGUACUCCUGGCGAGUCUGGUUGUCGCAGUUAGCAGCCAGUCCACAUGCAGCUAUACCAGUGUCUGCAUUAACCACACAAUGUGCUUAUAUCCCACGACGAAUUACGGAGCAAGCUGUGUCUCACCGGUAUACUCAGGAGUAACAAGUGCUACUGACAAGCAGACGAUUGUUAACGCCCAUAAUGCUUUGCGCAGCAAUGUGGCCAAUGGACUGGAGACGAGGGGAACCCCUGGUCCACAGCCUGCUGCACAAAACAUGCGUACAAUUACGUGGGAUGACGAGCUGGCGACAGUGGCGCAGCGAUGGGCGAACCAGUGCACCUUUCAACAUGACACGUGCCGGAGUGUUGCUAGGUUCUACGUAGGACAGAACAUGUACAUGUCUCGCACAUCGGGUGUGACGCCAAACGGGCAGCAGGACUGGAAUGCUGCAGUGCAGGCCUGGUACAACGAAGUGACGUUAUUCAGCAAGAACAGUAUUAGUCCCUUCCAGUUCAGUUCAAGUACUGGGCAUUACAGCCAGGUAGUGUGGGCCGACACGUACAAAGUCGGCUGCGGUUUCACAGCGUACACAUAUUCCUCCACUUACUACGGCAAGUUGUACGUGUGUAACUACGGUCCUGGCGGCAACGUCGUGGGAGGCGGCAGUAGCAUGUACAAUCCGGGGACGACGUGUAACCAGUGUCUCGGAAAUUGCGUCAAUGGACUCUGUUGGUGAGGGCAGGUGUUGUCAUGUUUCGUAAGAAUUACUGACUAAAUAAAAUUGUUUUAACACACAA